GAAUGGGGGCGGGGCCACUCCGAGCUUCUUUCUCCUAAAGUAGGUUGCCAGCGGGAGGCGGCGGCUGCUCCUCCGCAGUGUUGGGAAGAUGGCGCCGCCGGUGACGGAGCGGGGGCUGAAGAGCGUGGUGUGGCAGAAGAUAAAAGCAACAGUGUUUGAUGACUGCAAGAAAGAAGGCGAAUGGAAGAUAAUGCUUUUAGAUGAAUUUACCACUAAGCUUUUGGCAUCGUGUUGCAAAAUGACAGAUCUUCUAGCAGAGGGUAUAACUGUUGUGGAGAAUAUUUAUAGGAAUCGAGAACCUGUCAGACAAAUGAAAGCUCUUUAUUUUAUCUCUCCAACAUCAAAGUCUGUAGAAUGUUUUUUACGUGAUUUUGCAAGUAAGUCCGAGAACAAAUACAAAGCAGCGUAUAUAUACUUCACUGACUUUUGCCCUGAUAGUCUCUUUAACAAAAUUAAGACUUCUUGCUCCAAAUCAAUAAGAAGAUGUAAAGAAAUAAAUAUUUCCUUCAUUCCACUUGAAUCUCAGGUUUAUACUCUUGAUGUACCGGAUGCAUUCUAUUACUGUUACAGUCCGGACCCUAGUAAUGCAAAUGGAAAAGAUGCCGUUAUGGAAGCAAUGGCUGAGCAGAUAGUUACAGUAUGUGCUACCCUGGAUGAAAACCCUGGAGUAAGAUAUAAAAGUAAACCUCUAGAUAAUGCCAGUAAGCUUGCCCAGCUUGUUGAAAAAAAACUUGAAAACUACUACAAGAUUGAUGAAAAGAGCCUAAUAAAGGGUAAAACUCAUUCCCAGCUCAUAAUAAUUGAUCGUGGCUUUGAUCCUGUGUCCACUGUCCUGCAUGAACUGACCUUUCAGGCAAUGGCAUAUGAUCUACUGCCAAUUGAGAAUGAUACAUACAAAUACAAAACAGAUGGGAAAGAAAAGGAGGCCGUCCUUGAAGAAGAUGAUGACCUCUGGGUCAGAAUUCGACAUCGGCAUAUUGCAGUUGUAUUAGAGGAAAUUCCCAAACUAAUGAAGGAAAUUUCAUCAACAAAGAAAGCAACAGAAGGAAAGACAUCACUUAGUGCUCUUGCGCAACUGAUGAAAAAGAUGCCCCAUUUCCGUAAACAGAUUACUAAGCAAGUUGUCCAUCUUAACUUAGCAGAAGAUUGCAUGAAUAAAUUCAAGCCUAAUAUAGAAAAGCUCUGCAAAAGUGAACAGGACCUGGCACUUGGAACUGAUGCAGAAGGACAGAAAGUGAAAGAUUCUAUGCGAGUACUUCUUCCAGUUCUACUCAACAAAAAUCAUGAUAAUUACGAUAAAAUAAGAGCGAUUCUACUUUACAUCUUCAGUAUUAAUGGAACUACAGAAGAAAAUUUGGACAGGUUGAUCCAGAACGUAAAGAUAGAAAAUGAGAGUGACAUGAUCCGUAACUGGAGUUACCUUGGUGUUCCCAUUGUCCCCCCAUCUCAACAAGGCAAACCAUUUAGAAAGGAUAGGUCUACAGAAGAAACUUUUCAACUCUCCCGAUGGACACCUUUUAUCAAAGAUAUUUUGGAGGAUGCCAUCGAUAAUAGAUUAGAUUCAAAAGAAUGGCCAUAUUGUUCCCAGUGUCCAGCAGUAUGGAAUGGCUCAGGGGCUGUAAGUGCUCGCCAGAAGCCCAGAGCUAAUUAUUUAGAGGACAGGAAAAAUGGCUCAAAACUGAUUGUUUUUGUAAUUGGAGGAAUUACAUACUCUGAAAUGCGUUGUGCUUAUGAAGUUUCUCAGGCACAUAAAUCCUGUGAAGUUAUUAUUGGUUCUACGCAUAUUUUAACACCCAGAAAGCUUUUGGAUGAUAUAAAGAUGCUGAAUAAACCCAAGGAUAAAGUCUCCUUAAUUAAGGAUGAAUAGGGAUUUUUUUUUUUUUUGGACAUUCUUAUUAAUAUGUUCAACUAAAAUAGAUCAAGACAAGGUUGCUACCAUGUAAUUUAACACUGUAAAUAUUUUAUGGAAUAAUGAUUUUUCAAACAUACUUCUUAAGGGACUUUACGAUUACAUAUCUUUGGAUUUGCCAUGUUUAAUAAUUUAAAUAGUGUUGUUGCUUUGUAGAUGAUGAGAAGAAAUGUUAAAAUGCUUUCUAAAAGGAAAUUUUCACCUUUGGAACUGAAUAUAUUAGAAUUGUGGGUAAUUUUUCACAACUACCUAUGUACAUAUUAAUUACUUACCAGAUGCUUAUCUGUCUUAUACUGAAAUAUAGUUUUUUGGGAAAGAAUUAUUUUAAGUGAAAAGGUAGUAAAAGUAAAAACUUUAAGUGUGUGUAUGAUAGAAUGAUUUUCUAUAAGUGCAGGUUUUUUUCCAUUUGAAAUUCAUAAUUUCUUUUACGUGUAAAAUAGUAUUGUCAUUAAUAGAAAUAAUUUCACAGUGUAUACUGUCUUCCCAGAUACUUCUAAAGAACACAAUUUUAUGUAAUUUCAGAGUCAUGUAUGUUUAAAUUAGAAAGCCAAAAUUAAUUGUGAAUAUUCUAAGAGAAAAUAAAUGUAUAGUUACAAAAAUUAUCUUUUUGGGGGCAGGGGAGGAAAGGGAAGUUGGGAACUUAAAAAUUCUAAAUCAGAGAGUUACAAAAAAAAAAAAAAAAAGAAUGCACCAUAAUCUUUCCAUCAAGAUAGCCCUGGUUGAUAUUCUAUAAAAACAAUGUAAUAUUUGUAUAGGUUGGAUAAUAUAAGGAUGUGUUUGCACAGGUAUUACACAAAAGGAAUGUCUUCAUUUCAAAUAUCUCUUUUAACCUGUCCUCCUAGUGUUGUCACAUUAGGGACCAUAAUUUUAUAUAUUACUCAUCUUCAGAGUUUUGCUUAUAUAUAAUGCUGCAUUAUUUGGGUACAUAACCUUCGCAAACACUCAAAUUUUUAUAAUAUAAAUUUCUAGCAAUGGCA